AUGUGCUUACAUUCACUAUCGGUCGAUCACAACCAAGACGAAUCAAUUUUUCAUUUCAAAUUGAACAAGUCAUCAUCUUCUGGGAAUGAUCAAGACACUUCUUUCUUCGAGUGGUCCAUCCUUCGUUUGGACAAGUGUGGUGAAUGGAGUGGUCCAUUAUACUUUGAUUUUUUGAGUAGAAAUGCAACUUUUCUCAAAGAACAUUUAAAACAUUACCCUCCACAAGCUUUUACAGAUCUCUCCUUUAGCAUCAACAAGACGAAAGUCCUAUCAUCACCACACAACUUUUUUGUUUUCGUGAGAGAUCCUCAUCAUUCGUUCUAUGAGGAAUUUGUAGUCAAGAAGACUACCAAUGCAGAAUGCCAUUCAAAUUCUCCAACUGUUUCUGAAUUGGAAAAUCAUGAUGACAACAAUUCGGAAUUACACAUGUUUUUGAGAGAACAUAAAAUUAUUGGAAUUUGUGGAGGAAAACCCAAUAACGGUCAGAGUAUGGAAGUAGGCUAUGCUCUCGAUGAAGCCUUUCAAUCUCAUGGAAUUGUUACCAACACUUUGAAAGUCAUCAUUGAAAGAGCUUUUCACACAAUAGAUUGCCUGAAAGAAAUUGAAAUUGUUUGUCGUACAGAUAAUCUGAGAAGCGCACAAGUGGCCCACCGAUUGAAUUUUGUCUUUAAUGAAGAGAAAUCGAAAGAGGUCUCAUUGAAGGAGAAUUGUGAUUUACAUGUGUACGUCUUGGAGAAGUGA